CAAAACAUAUUUUAAAAGAGUGUAGUUUAGUUAUUAUAGCAAGUGACAAUAGUAAAAAAUUCACUUAUCUGUAUCGUACAUCAUUAUCGGAAUAAGAAAAAGAAAACAGCUGCGAAACAAAUGACGAGUCUCUUUAAGCAACAUGCAGUAAUCAAUAAAUACAAUAUGGAUUUAGUAAUUUACAGUCUAUUAUCCUUACUUUGGUAAAACUUGUGAAUCCUAGGUAUUCUAUUAUUGACUUAAAGUGAAGGCCCAGUAAAUCGUGAUGCAGACAAAGAGUUAUGUAUGUGAGUGUUUCCAUAAUUAACCAGCAAUCAGGGAUUACUAAUAACACCAGGAGCUGACAGAGGUGGGAACAGGGAUAUAUGUUACAAAGAUGACUUAUCUUUUAGAUGUUGAGAGGAAAAUGGCAUCAGAAAUAGGAACCUUUUUCUUGUUAUUUGUCCUUACAAACUUUGUCAACAAGUAUGUCCUGUCUGUCUUGGAGUUUAAAUACCCAACUGUUUUUCAAGGAUGGCAGACUCUGGUUGGUUUCGUAGUUCUACAACUCCUUGUUAUCACAAAGCGUGUUCCACCGAUGCUGACAGACACAAACAGGUCAGACUGGGUUCAUUGGAUCCCUGGGAUGAUGCUCUUUGCUGGUUCAGUCUACUCAGGAUCAAAGGGUCUCGCUAACUUGCCAAUGCCAGUGUUCUUUGCUCUCCAAAACCUUGCCUCAGUCAUUGUGUGUGGAGUCCAGAUGAUUAUUACUCAAACAUUGACAAGUUUCUUUACCUACUGUAUGAUGAUGCUGACAGUGAUAUCAUCCAUUAUCAUCAUCCACACUGACCCACAGUUUAGUCAAGAAGGAUAUAUCUGGAUUGGACUUCAUAUAAUUUUUACAGGAGGCUUACAGAUUUAUACAAAAUUGAUGAAAGGGCGAUUGAAAUCUAGCUCAGUAGAGAAGUUGUACUGUAAUUACAUCUACUGCAUAAUUUUGUUUGCACCAUCAAGUUAUUUAAUAGGAGAUGCGCUGGAGGCAGCUAAAUUUCCUUACCUGUAUUUUUCCAAAUUUUGGCUAGGAUGUAUAUUGAGUGGUGUAUUUGGGGUUUUGUUAAUUCUUCAUUCCAUAAAUCUACAAGAGAAAAAAAUAGGACAAACAGACUUUGCCAAAGUUCAAGGGUUUUCCAAGAUAUUAGCAUCUCUCUUAUCAUACUUUACAUUCAGUGAUUUCUACACAGCAAACUUUGCCAUGUGGAUAUUUAUAAAUCUGGUGGCUGGACUUGCAGUACACGAUACCCAGCUGUCUGCCUCUGAAGCCUUUACUACAGAUUCCACUGAAUAUAAGAAUAAAAGUCCACCAUGUAAUAGAGGUUCCACAUUUGAUGACUUUAUUCAAGAUAAAGAUGUAUAUAUUGAGGGAGUUAUGGGACCUGAUGACCUCUAAUAAUUUUCUGACAAAAUGUACAUCGCUGUUUAAUAUGUCCAAAUGUACUGUAGUUUUUGUUGUUAUACGUGCAAUACACUUAUAAUUAUCUGAUAACAAAUGCCAUAUUGUAAAUUGAACUAUUAUCUAAUAUACAUUUAAAUGGUCACUUAUAAUGAACAUAAAUAUGGGAAAUAAAUAAGUAUGAAAAAUGGCAUAUUCAUUAU